CAAUGCACGCCUUAUCGUCACACGCAGAAGCAGAUUGCGGGCAGCCAUAGACUAGCUUGCUGAGCCAAGUAGCCAACUGCUCCGGGAGGAAGACGAAAGGGAGAAAGGUCAACAGGCCACUAGCUGGCUAGUGUAGCUUGAACCAAAAGGAUCCAUGGCCUUGGGAGACAACUCCAAUCCUGCCUCUUACAUCCACACGGUGCAGCACCUGAUAGAGCGGUGCAUGACGUUCGGGAUGAGCAUGGAGGAGUGCAUGGAGGCGCUGGCCAAGCGCGCCGACGUCCAGCCCGUCGUCACCUCCACAGUGUGGAAGGAGCUGGAGAAGGAGAAUAAGGAGUUCUUCGACCAGUACAAGCAGUGGAUGUCGGAGAAGAGAAGCGCAACGAGCAAUUCCUAGCAAGCUAAUUAAUUAAUCAAAACUGCAGGCUUUGCUUAAUUACGGCGCUUAUUUAGUUCGUUCGGAUUUAUUUGUUACUGUACUACUUAGGCAAUAAUAGGGUGGUCGGCUGCUAUGGUGAUCCGCUGGAGCAUCGAUCGCCUACUGCGGGCUGGGGUGCUAGUGUACAGGGGUAAGCAGGGGAAGCUAUCAUGUGCAGUAAUCUGUCUUCUUUCGAUUCUGUACGAGUGCUGUACGUACGCAUCCGUCGUUGGCGUACUAUCGCGCUCACAUAUACCAUAUUGUUCAUCUUAUCCCCGUUAAACGUACACCCUCCGUUUCAAA